AUUGUCACAGCCGCCAAUUGCCUGUUGUUUUCAGAAACUGUUUUAGUUGAAAAGUCUAAAUUAAGCCAAUAAGAAUCUCAUUAAUAUAACUCUUUGUUUGCUUUCAUGGGGUAUAAAUAUCCCCUCAAACUGGAUCUGGAACCAUUACCCACCAAGAGAAAAAGAGUCCUAAAGCUUAUAAAAAAUUUAAUCUUUCAGUUCUGUGUUUAAUCUGUUCUUAAUUUCAAAGUCUAAGAAAAUAAAAUGGCAUGCACUGGUGGUCAGGUCAUUCGCUGCAAAGCUGCUGUGGCGUGGGAAGCUGGGAAGCCAUUGGUGAUUGAAGAAGUGGAGGUGGCUCCUCCACAAGCAAAUGAAGUUCGUUUGAAGAUCCUCUACACUUCCCUUUGUCAUACCGAUGUUUACUUCUGGGAAGCCAAAGGGCAGAAUCCUUUAUUUCCUAGAAUCUAUGGCCAUGAGGCUGGAGGGAUUGUGGAGAGUGUUGGUGAGGGGGUGACUGAUCUCAAACCGGAGGAUCAUGUGCUCCCUGUGUUCACCGGGGAAUGCAAAAAUUGUGCUCACUGUAAGUCUGAAGAGAGCAACAUGUGUGAUCUUCUCAGGAUCAACACUGACAGGGGUGUUAUGCUCAAUGAUGGAAAAUCAAGAUUCUCCAUCAAUGGCAAACCAAUUUACCAUUUUGUUGGCACAUCAACCUUUAGUGAGUACACUGUGGUUCAUGUUGGUUGUGUUGCCAAGAUCAAUCCUUUGGCUCCUCUUGACAAAGUCUGUGUUCUCAGCUGUGGAAUUUCAACGGGCCUUGGCGCCACUCUUAAUGUUGCAAAACCUCCAAAAGGUUCUACGGUUGCUAUAUUCGGAUUGGGUGCUGUUGGCCUAGCUGCUGCUGAAGGAGCCAGAAUUGCUGGUGCUUCUCGGAUAAUUGGUGUUGAUUUGAACUCGAAUAGAUUUGAAGAAGCAAAGAGGUUUGGAGUGACUGAAUUUGUGAACCCAAAAGACCACAAGAAACCAGUUCAAGAGGUGAUUGCUGAAAUUACCAAUGGAGGAGUGGACCGAAGCGUUGAAUGUACUGGAAAUGUUGAUGCCAUGAUUUCUGCAUUCGAAUGUGUCCAUGAUGGUUGGGGGGUUGCUGUUCUAGUGGGGGUUCCUCACAAAGAUGCUGUGUUCAAGACUCACCCUAUGAAUUUACUGAAUGAAAGAACACUCAAGGGCACAUUCUUUGGAAACUACAAGCCCCGUUCUGACCUUCCCUCUGUGGUUGAAAAAUAUAUGACCAAGGAGCUUGAAGUGGAAAAGUUCAUCACCCAUUCAGUUCCAUUCUCUGAGAUCAACAAGGCAUUUGAGUACAUGCUUAGAGGCGAAGGCCUUCGAUGCAUCAUCCGUAUGGAAGAGUAGAAUUUGGUUGAAGAAAGCAAGAGUUUCUUGAAUUGGCACAUAAAUUAAAUGUCUGAUAAAAGUAAUUAUGUUGAUCUCUGGUGCAUCCAGUUGCCUGUAAAACUGAGUAUCUCAAUGUCUUCAGGUGCCCAACUCUGGCUUAUUAUUAAUAUAAAAUCAACUGUCAACAUU